AUCUCAAUAUUACUUGUCAUCAUUGGAGUGCUCUUAUCAGAUUCAUCACUAUCCGAAGCAAGAUCAGAAAUGUUUUGGGCUCUUACCAUAUUACUAGUAAUAAUACUCAUUAUCUAUGCCGUCGCCAUAGGUGUGAUAAUGCCUUCUUUUCCGUUUCCAUCCUGGCCAGAUCUCUUCAGGUUUAGUGCUCAUGUAGCAUUAGGGUUUUUAAUCUCAACACUGCUUGAGGAAUUCUCUGUAAGGUUGUCGGCUGUUAUCUUAUGGUUAUCCAUCUAUAAUGCCGACACGAUACUUGCUCAAUAUACAUCAAUCGCAGGUUUCUUGAGGUUCUCUAGCUUGUGCAGUAUUAAUAUCAUUCCUCAUCUCCGGGGAUGAGACGCCAAUUUAUGUCUUCCCCAUCUGGGCAAUAUUGGUUUUUUCAUAUUUGAAGAACAACGAGGCAUCAAUUCUAGGAAACGACAGUGAUUCCACAAGUAGUGUCUGGGAUUCUCCAGUUAAGUCUCAGGGCAUGCCCAACAUUUAU